CUUCGUCGCGAUUACGCAUUGUCGUUCGGGAGUAGACGCCGCGCGACGUCCGUCGCAACAUUGUGCGUGUUUUUCGGGGUUGAAAUCUGACAGAGAUUUGCUAGCCGCGCGAAGACGAGAGACACACACUGCACCUUUUACUUCCGUGUCUCUGCGAGACACCUCGGGAGUUCUACGCUCGACGCGCUCGAGAUCGCGACGUCCUUUGAGAAUCGUUCCCAGAAAAUCGACGCUAAAACAAACUUAGUAGUAUUCCAUUGUUCCUUUCCUUGAGAAGAAGUUGAGAUCCGUAUCGUGGAAGAGCAUCGAAAAUUCCAAGACUUCAACAUGCCUGACGCAUUAGUCUCCCUGAUGGACGGAUCCUGGCCGACCGUCGUCCUUUCGGGCUUGUGUUUGGUCCUAUUUCUACCUGUGGUGUUGGCGCGAAUGAAGUUUCUGCGUCCCCUGAAAGAUAUACCCUAUCCCACAGCGUUGCCCAUCAUCGGCAACGCCUAUCAGCUCAACUGCACGCAAGAAGAGUUUUUCAAAAAGCUGACCAAGUGGGCCGAGAAAUUUGGCGACAUUUUUCUCAUCUGGGUCGGUCAACGACCCUUCAUCUUUCUCUACAGGGUAGAGGCGGUGCAACCUCUGCUAAGUAAUAGCAACUACAUCGACAAAAGCCUCGAGUAUCAAUAUCUGAAGCCCUGGCUGGGCACCGGCCUGGUAACCAGCAGUGGUGAAAAAUGGUUUUUCCGAAGAAAACUGUUGACGCCGUCCUUCCACAGCACCCUUCUCGAAGGAUAUUUGAAAACCGUGAAGGAAGAAGUAAAAGUGCUCAUCUCUUGUCUUGAGACAGAGAUCGGCAACUGGUUCAAUGUGGUUCCGUACACAAAACGCGCCACUCUUGACAUCAUAUGCGAUACCGCGAUGGGCUACAAGCUUAACGCUCAAAGAAAUUCCAAGGACGAAUACGUCGAAGCAGUGGACAAAAUUGCGUCAAUUGUGCAAAUGCGCUUCACGAACGUAUGGGUGUCGUCCGAUUUAAUCUUCAAACUGACCAAAGCGGGAAAGGAGCACGAUCGCUCGCUCAGAAUCAUUCACGGUUUCGUUGACAAGGUGCUUGCGGAGCGAAAGGCCGCUUGGAAGCUCAAGCAUGAUGAUAACUUCAACAAGUCCUCAACGAAGAAGAAGCAGGCUCUGCUGGAUUUGUUGUUGAACAUAUCGGAGGACGGCGCUGUUCUUUCGGACGAGGAUAUUCGCGAGGAAGUGAACACGUUCAUGUACGCCGGACACGACACGGUGGCCACCAGCAUAGCUUGGUCGCUUUACGCGUUGGGACGAAAUCCGGAAUACCAGGAAAAGAUCUUGAACGAAUACGAUGAGUUGUUGGGCAAUGAGGAGAUCACGCUGGAUAAUUUACAUAAAUUAACUUGGUUAGACGCGAGCAUCAAGGAACAAUGGAGGAUAUAUCCUGUGGCUCCGCUCAUCGCUAGGCAGAUUUACACGCCAAUUAAAUUAAUGGGCAGACAAAUUCCACCAGGUUCGACGGUGCUCAUUAAUUCGUAUCUGCUGCAUCGCGAUCCGCGCUACUUUCCCGAUCCGGACGUUUAUCGUCCGGAACGAUUCUUGCCGGACAGUCCCAAGCUGCCGCCUUACGUCUUCAUCCCGUUCAGCGCCGGUUCGCGCAACUGCAUCGGCUGGAAAUUCGCCACGCUCAUCAUCAAAUUUGCCGUUUUGUCAAUACUGAAGAACUUCCACGUCGAGUCUCUUGACAAAGAGGACCAACUGCGUUUCAUAUCCGAGUUGGUAUUGAUCAACGCGAACGGAAUCCGUUUAAAACUUACACCGCGCGAAAGAUAUCCCGCAAAUUAAAGUCGAAAUUAAAAAAAAAAAAAAAAGAUUCGAUCUCGCUAUUGAAAGACUCGCGUAUAUGCGCACUAGUGGUACGAAACGUUUUUCAGUUUCAAUUAUUAGCCAAUAAAAUAAAGUAAAUAACAGAAAAGAGGUUUUGCAUGGUGUGAGACAAAAAUUUAGGAGUAGAACGUGAAAAACAUUCAUUGUCAUAUACUCUUUAUUCAAUCGGUGGAUUGAAUAAAGUAUUCAUUGGCUGGCGAAUUGUUUGUGGCAAAUCGCUAAU